AUGGAAACCGCCGCAACGAGCUUCACGUCACGUAGACCAGCAGCUCAUACGCUUCCUCAGUUCCAUCUACCACUUCCGACACCAAUAGAUAAUCAAGUACCAAGUAUGAGAGUGACAGGCAUCGACAGCCUAAGCCCAAUCUCUCCAGGCGCCAACAACCACAGUACUCAACAUUCCCAGGGUGGAUUACCACUCAGUAGUCAACAGAGACUUUGGGCUGCAACAGGUACUCAGUCUUAUACGCACAGUCCAAUGAGCCACGGAGGGCAGCCUCCGCUCAUGCAGCAGAACUACAAUCGCCCGAUCUAUUCUCCUAAUUCCAAUUAUCGAGGCUCGCAAUCCCCUGGGACAGUGGAUAUUCUAGGAAGCUCUACCUACGACAGCGGCUCUUCUCCUUACCAACUUUCGGUUUCAGGAAGUAGUUUGGGUCAUUCUAACAUACUAUCACCAGCUUCGAACCAAACUUCUUUGCCAAUGAUGAAUAGUCAUUCCCAAGGGUCGCAACCUACAGCGCCAUCGACAUCCGCAGGGACCCCAGACGCCUACUCACGGCCGCCGACAGCUUCUGGUUAUUAUUCUGGACCUCCUUCAUCGACGACCCCGCAUACUUCUUAUUCAUCCUUUACUACCUCGCACACUUCUCCGCCACAAUCGUCUUCGAUAACGACUGGGAGCCUAUCAAAAAGUACCUCGACGCUCAGCCCGCAUCAACAGCAUUCUCCAAUGCAAGGACUGCCCUACAGGUCCCUUCCCUCUUACACCCUUCCUCAAACAAUGGGAGGCGGGUCGACAGUGGGAGGGCCGAUCAUGUCCAACAUGGCGAAUCCCGGAGGGCAGAUGACUAUUAUGAACGGCAUUGGCACAAUAGCGCAUGGAUAUCAUCCAACUGGACACUUGGUUAACCAGCAUAUUUACACAAACAGUCACCCUAUUGCACAAGAUCGCCCCUUCAAAUGCGAUAUCUGUCCACAGUCGUUCAACAGGAACCACGACCUUAAAAGACACAAGCGAAUUCAUCUCGCAAUCAAGCCGUUUCCCUGUACCUUCUGCGAGAAGAGCUUUUCUAGAAAGGAUGCACUAAAGCGCCAUAGAAUGGUAAAGGGAUGUGGAAAUGGGAAGACCCCGCCGACCGACGGAAUCAGUAACUCAUCGCAAGAAGAUAUAAAACGCGAUUCAGAUAUUCAAACAGGCUCUGAUUACGGUAUUAAGCAAGAGCCGAUGUAG